AUGGCGACUAGAGAAUCUAGCGAGCCGCAGCGCCGCCCAGUGGCUGGUUUCGGCCACGCAGGUGGCUUGACUGUGCCCUGCGGGGAUAACAGCGCCACCUGGCGUCCAGUCGACGAAGCACACGGUUGUUUCCACGUGUACAGAGUUCCAACGUUCCUGGGGGCUCUCGCCCCCGUGCGCUCACGCAGUUCCUCCUCCCUGAUCUCUCCCACCAACCUCAGGGCUGCUAUCGAGACGGUGGAAACGGAAGUGUCCGUGCUGGAGACGCAACUAGAGAAGCUGCUGAAGCUGUGCACCACCAUGCUGGAGUCGGGGCGGCAGUACUGCUCCCACAGCAAGAACUUUGUGUCUGGCGUCCAGGAGCUGUCCCACAAUGCCCAGGGGGACCCCAUGAUGAGCGAGUGCCUCAAGAAAUUUUCGGAGAGCCUCAACCAGAUGAUUGGCAGGCACGAGGAACUUCUGGACACGACACAACAAUCCUUCAAGCAACAGCUGCAGAGUCUGGUGAAAGAAGACAUCAAGCAGUUCAAGGAGACCCGUAAGGAAUUCGAACGCAGCAGCGAAACCCUCUCCAGCGCCCUCCACCAUAACGCCGAAGUGCCCCGGCGACGCCACCACGAGGCCGAGGAGGCCGUCCUUGCGUUGAAGGCCGCCCGCACUGCCUUCCGUGCCCGAGCCCUCGACUACGUCCUCCAGAUCAACGUGAUCCAGUCAAAGAAGAAAUUUGAGAUCCUGAAGUUUAUGUUGACUUCCAUGGAAGCCCAGUCCUCGUACCUAGAGCAGGGGUUCCAUGCGGCAAAAGAGCUGGCGCAGUAUCGGAAGGACUUGGCAGCACAGCUCCAUCAGUUGGUUCUGGAGUCGGCCCGAGAAAAGCGGGACAUGGAGCAACGGCACACAGCGAUCAAGCAGAAGGACCUGUCGCAAGACGAUGCGUUUCCUGAGCUCCGUUCAGAGCCAGGGCUGGUGGUUAUGGAGGGGUACCUGUACAAGAGGGCCAGCAACGCCUUCAAGACAUGGAGCAGGCGCUGGUUUUCCAUACAAAGCAACCAGCUGGUAUAUCAGAAAAAGGCAAAGGACGCCUUGACAGUGGUGGUUGAGGACCUGCGCCUGUGUACCGUGAAGCCGUGCCCGGACCAGGAGCGCCGCUUCUGCUUCGAAGUGGUUUCGCCCUCCAAGAGCUGCCUCCUCCAAGCGGAUUCGGAGCGCCACCAGCAGGCCUGGGUGUCCGCCGUCCAAAACAGCAUCGCUUCGGCUUACAGCGAGGAACUCCCGGAGCCCCUGGGGCAGCAACCCCUGGAACGAGCCGCCUCUCUUUCCGUGGGCAGGGUGCAGUCCCCCUUGGGCCGGCGGCUGCGGGGGAGCACGGACAAGCACGUGGUGGAUCAGGUCCAGCGGCUGGAGGGCAACGCCCAGUGCUGCGAUUGCCGGGAGCCUGCACCCGAGUGGGCCAGCAUCAACCUGGGCAUCACACUGUGCAUUGAGUGUUCGGGCAUCCACAGGAGUCUCGGCGUGCAUUUCUCCAAGGUGCGGUCGCUGACCCUGGACUCUUGGGAACCUGAGCUUGUGAAGCUGAUGUGUGAACUGGGAAAUCGCGUCAUCAACCAGAUCUACGAAGCACGGGUUGAGGAGAUGAACAUCAAACGCCCCCAGUCUGGUGCUUGUCGGUCAGACAAAGAGGCCUGGAUCAGGGCCAAGUAUGUGGAAAAGAAAUUCAUCACCAAGUUCCCUGAGGUUCGGGGGCGGCUGAGUCGGGGUGGAGAUGGGCGCGGGCCCGAGAAGCCCCCCAAACCAUUCCUCAAACCGAAACCUCCACGUCUGGCUCGGGGAAGUGCAGGCAGCAGUCCAUGCAAUGUGUCUCCUUUAGCAGGGCCACGGGAGAGCGUUGCAUCGGGAGAAGACCUCCACAGUUUGCACCCGGGACCCCUGCUGUACCGUGCAGCCGCCGCGCCCCCCAGCUUGCCCACGAUGGCAGAUGCCCUGGCCCACGGCGCUGACGUCAACUGGGUCAACGUGGCUCACGAGAGCCGCACGCCUCUGCUACAGGCGGUAGCCGCAAAUUCCCUUUUGGCCUGUGAAUUCUUGCUGCAGAACGGAGCCAGCGUCAACCAGGCGGACAGCAAGGGCCGGGGGCCCCUCCACCACGCCACCCUCUUGGGUCACACGGGGCUGGCCUGCCUGUUCCUCAAACGGGGCGCCAACAUGAACGCGGUGGACGAGGAAGGAAAAGACCCGCUCUCCAUCGCCAUGGAUUCAACCAACGCAGACAUCGUAACUUUACUCCGCUUGGCCAAGAUGCGUGAGGUAGAGAUGGCCCAGGGACAGUCAGGCGACGAGACCUACCUCGACAUCUUCCACGACUUUUCCCUCAUGGCCUCCAACGACCCGGACAAGCUCAACCGCCGCAGCCACGACCUGAAGCUCACCACGUUGUGACGAGAGUCACGGACACUCUCCGCUGGGUUUCCAGAAAGGGAGGAUGUCCGGGAACAGCCAGGAGGGAGGGGCCGUCUUGCAGGAGCUGGCCACCGUCGUGCACCCUGUCCUGGGGCCAGGCAGGCCAUGAUGCUGGACUCUCUGAAGGACGACUCUGUCCUUGCCGCCAUCUUGGUGACUUUGUGGAGCAGGAAGGAGGAGCUGGUAGGGCAUGAGGAGGAGGGGGGCCAGCAAAGGGCUGUGCUCUCCAAAUACCUGGCUAACCCUAACGCCCAUGUUGUAUUUAUUGCUCUCUGCUUCAUCCUGGCUGUUGAUGGAUGAGUCCCAUUUGGAUUAAUUUCUGGACGAGUGCUUCUUCUCCUACCCACAAUCCACUCUGGGCUCCCUUCAGUCCUGGGGCCACAGGGUGUGGAUUGGGGCCCAAAGGAGGCUGUCUGAAUGUGGACAAGCAGGGCCUGGAGAAAGAUGCCAGACGGAUUUGGCAGAGGGAAGAACCAGGGUUUCUGAUCUCGAGGACGAUGAGACAAAUAAAGUUUUCCACACGUUUUUAUUCUUUUGGACUGAAAACCACCCUGUCCUUCUCAAGCUCGGAGCGGCCGGCGGAAAGGAAGUCGAGGAAAAUGGCUGCUGAAAAGGACAAGAAGCCCCCCCACUUGAAACAAACACCUUCCUGGCAGCUGCCUGCUUUCCUGACUGCUACGGUCC